ACGCACACUCACGCGCGCAUACACACACACACACACGCACACCAUGUCCUUCUUCAAUUUCCGUAAGAUCUUCAAGUUGGGCAGCGAGAAGAAGAAGAAGCAGUACGAGCACGUGAAGCGGGACCUGAACCCCGAGGAGUUUUGGGAGAUCAUAGGCGAGCUGGGCGACGGCGCCUUCGGGAAAGUGUACAAGGCUCAGAAUAAAGAGACCAAUGUUUUAGCUGCAGCAAAGGUGAUUGAUACAAAAUCUGAAGAAGAACUUGAAGAUUACAUGGUUGAGAUCGACAUAUUAGCAUCUUGUGAUCAUCCCAAUAUAGUCAAACUUCUAGAUGCCUUCUAUUACGAGAACAAUCUUUGGAUCCUGAUUGAAUUUUGUGCGGGUGGAGCAGUGGAUGCUGUGAUGCUCGAACUGGAGAGACCAUUAACUGAGUCCCAAAUACAAGUAGUUUGUAAACAGACUUUAGAGGCAUUGAACUACUUACAUGAUAACAAAAUUAUCCACAGAGAUCUAAAGGCUGGCAACAUUCUUUUUACUUUAGAUGGAGAUAUUAAGUUGGCGGAUUUUGGAGUAUCGGCUAAAAAUACAAGGACAAUUCAAAGAAGAGAUUCCUUUAUUGGCACACCAUAUUGGAUGGCUCCUGAAGUAGUCAUGUGUGAAACGUCUAAGGACAGACCUUACGAUUACAAAGCCGAUGUUUGGUCCUUGGGCAUCACUCUCAUAGAAAUGGCUGAGAUAGAACCACCUCAUCAUGAGUUAAAUCCGAUGCGAGUACUGCUAAAAAUAGCCAAAUCAGAGCCCCCUACAUUAGCACAGCCCUCAAAAUGGUCUUCAAAUUUUAAGGACUUUCUUAAAAAGUGCUUGGAAAAGAAUGUGGAUUCUAGGUGGAAUACAACUCAACUAUUGCAGCAUCCCUUUGUUACUGUUGACUCCAACAAACCAAUCCGAGAAUUGAUUGCAGAGGCAAAGGCUGAAGUAACAGAAGAAGUGGAAGAUGGAAAAGAGGAAGAUGAUGAUGAAGAAACAGAAAAUUCUUUGCCAAUACCUGCAAGUAAGCGCGCCUCCUCUGACCUCAGUAUUGCCAGCUCUGAAGAAGAUAAACUUUCACAGAAUGCUUGUAUUUUGGAAUCUGUCUCAGAAAAAACAGAACAUAGUACUUCUGAAGAUAAAUUUAACAGCAAAGUUCUUAAUGAAAAACCCAUCACUGAUGAACCUGAAAAGGCUGUGGAAGGUAUUAAUGAGCAUGUUAAUGAUGCUCAUUUAGGAGCUACUGAACUCCAUAAAAGAUCAAUAGUUACCAAGGAGAAUGGAAGAGAGGAAAAGAGACCCAAGCUUGAAAAUCUUCGUGACACAGGAGAUCAAGAAGCAGUAGACGUUCAUUCAGUACAUGGAGAUCAAGAAGCAGUAGACGUUCAUUCAGUACAUGAAGGAAAAGAAAAUAAUGUAGUAACUUUAGGAACAAAAAUUGAACAGAAUCGGAAGCCUGAGGAAGAAGGGGAUCAGGACAAGCAAGAAAUAUUUGAAAAUAAGGUUAAAAAAUCCAAGGAAAUUAAAGAUACUGCUCUUUCAUCAAUAAAUUUAGUUUCUCAGGAGACUGGAGAAAAAGAGGCAAAUAUUCAGGCAAUUGGCAAUGCAGUUGAGUUUCCAAAUGCAGACUCACAGGGGAAAUUGGGAACAGAUGACAAAACUCAAAGAACUGUGGUCAGCAACUCAAGUACCGUGCUGGGAAUAAAUGAGGCUGUAGGUGCUGCCCAGAGGGCAGUUGAAAUCAGUGCUGAGGAUGCUGAGAUUAGUGCCCGGAAAGAAAUGACUGAAGUCGGCCAGAAAAUAAGUGAGCCCCUGGCAGCUCCUGAGGCUGGUGGUACUAAGGAAGUUUCUACUAAAGAACUAGUUGACAUUAAGGUGCUAGAUAAAAAGUCUGUAGAAGGUAAAAGUGAGGAACAGUUAACCAACCAUUCAAAGAACAUGGUAGAGACCAUUGAGGAACCAAGGACAAAUGAAGAUGAAGAAACCACUCAGUCGGGUGGCGCUGAAGAGGUAGAAGUCAAGGCUGUAGGAGGCAGAACUCAGGAUGUUUGUAAGGACACAGAACAAGAAGUUCCACGUGAAAUGCCAGUUAAAACAGAACCUCAAGUCCCUGCCAUUUCACAGCCCAGUGAGCCUCAGCCUGUUCCAAUACCCAGCAUUAAUAUCAACUCGGAAGAUGCAGAACAUAAGGGAGAAAGAGGUGCUUUAACAAAAACGGAAACCAUGUUCCUUCCCGAAUCUGAGAAUCACAAGGAAAAUGAUACUGAUUCAGGCACUGGCUCCACUGCCGAUAAUGGUAGCAUUGAUUUGAAUUUAUCCAUCUCUAGCUUCCUAAGCAAAACUAAAGACACUGGAUCAAUAUCUUUACAAGAAACUAGAAGACAAAAGAAAACAUUGAAGAAAACCCGCAAAUUUGUGGUUGAUGGUGUAGAAGUGAGUGUAACAACAUCAAAGAUAGUUACAGACAGUGACUCCAAAACAGAGGAAUUAAGGUUUCUUAGACGUCAGGAAUUGCGGGAAUUAAGAUUUCUUCAAAAAGAAGAGCAAAGAGCCCAACAGCAACUCAAUAGCAAACUGCAACAACAACGAGAACAAAUCUUCCGGCGCUUUGAACAAGAAAUGAUGGGCAAAAAAAGGCAGUAUGACCAAGAAAUUGAGAAUCUAGAGAAACAGCAGAAACAGACCAUUGAACGCCUGGAACAAGAACAUACAAAUCGCUUGCGAGAUGAAGCCAAGCGCAUUAAAGGAGAGCAAGAGAAAGAACUGUCCAAAUUUCAGAAUAUGUUAAAGAACCGUAAGAAGGAGGUUAUAAAUGAAGUGGAGAAAGCACCCAAAGAGCUGAGAAAAGAGCUCAUGAAACGCAGGAAAGAGGAGCUUGCACAAAGCCAGCAUGCUCAGGAACAAGAGUUUGUACAGAAGCAACAACAAGAAUUGGAUGGCUCUCUGAAAAAGAUCAUCCAACAGCAGAAGGCAGAGUUAGCCAAUAUUGAAAGAGAGUGUCUGAAUAAUAAACAACAGCUCAUGAGAGCCCGAGAAGCUGCGAUUUGGGAACUGGAAGAGCGACACUUACAAGAAAAACACCAGCUGCUCAAACAGCAACUUAAAGAUCAGUAUUUCAUGCAAAGACAUCAACUUCUUAAGCGCCAUGAGAAGGAAACAGAACAAAUGCAGCGUUAUAAUCAGCGACUGAUCGAGGAAUUGAAAAACAGACAGACUCAAGAAAGAGCAAGGUUGCCUAAGAUUCAACGCAGUGAAGCCAAGACACGAAUGGCCAUGUUUAAGAAAAGUUUGAGAAUUAACUCUACAGCCUCACCAGAUCAGGACAGGGAAAAAAUUAAGCAGUUUGCUGCUCAAGAAGAGAAGAGGCAGAAAAAUGAGAGAAUGGCUCAGCAUCAAAAACACGAAAAUCAGAUGCGGGAUCUCCAGUUGCAGUGUGAAGCCAAUGUCCGAGAGCUGCAUCAGCUGCAGAAUGAAAAAUGCCACCUAUUGGUUGAGCAUGAGACUCAGAAACUGAAGGAAUUAGAUGAGGAACACAGCCAAGAAUUAAAGGAAUGGAGAGAGAAAUUGAGACCUAGGAAAAAGACACUGGAAGAAGAGUUUGCCAGGAAGCUGCAGGAGCAGGAAGUUUUCUUUAAGAUGACGGGGGAGUCUGAAUGCCUUAACCCGUCGACCCAGAGUCGGAUUUCCAAAUUUUACCCAAUUCCUAGUUUGCAUUCCACAGGAUCUUAACAGUGGGAAAGCCUCUGCUGUUGGGUUUGGCUUUUAGAAGAUGCCAUUCUAUCCUUCUCUUCUGCCAGGGUCUGUGUCCGAGAGCUCCUGAAGACAAUCACCUGCUCACCUUCUGGGGGCUUUUCUGUUGGUCUCGUUUGUUUAGUGAAAUAAAGAGAAAGGAACUGAGAUAACUGAGACAGAUGCUGGGUGGUUGGCAGAGAAGCAUCUUGUGGUAAUUCCCCAAGGUGAUUUUGUAUAUUUAAUCUUAAAAAUUGUUUUUCUUAGAGACUGUUACCUAAAAAACUUUAGAGAUGCAAUGUUUAAAGUUAUUUAAAGAGAACUGUUACAUUACUAAGUAUCUUUUUACCUAACUUCAAUGAUACCUAAGUUCUGUAUUUUUUGAAACUCUGCUGUAGAGAGUUGGACUAAUUUCCUUGGUGAAUCAGCUCUCGUUUAAAAAAAAAUCCAUGAGUUGCGCAAAAUAUGAAAAUUAUUCAAUAAAUAAGUAAGUUUCAUCUUUAGCAACAGACUCUUUUGAAAGAGAAAAUUUUCAAUAAUGUGUCUAAAAUAACUACCUGGUUAGAUAUGAGCUAUAAUUAAAGGUGCUAGUUUUAUUAAGAUAGUACCUACAACACUAAAUUUCAGCUGAGUUUAAAAUAGAAUUUUCUCUUGAUCCAACAGGGGCAGAACCCUCUUGCAUUAAGCAUUGUCUUUUUAAGAAUCUCCUGUUACCAGCUGAUAGAAAUUUCAUCCAAAAACAUAUGUUGUUCAGAGUUGGAGAGAUGAACAAGUAAAGGGUGUUUUAAGUCUCCAGAUUGGAAACAAAAGACUUACCAAAUUGAAAGUAACUCAGAUCUAACUGUCCCAACUGACUUUCCCAAAUAUUAUCUGAUUUGGUUAAAUGACAUCUCCCCAUCUUAGGAGAUUUGCAAAACAUUGUCAGAGGCCUAUAGACUCUGGGUUAUAUUUAUAAAUAUAUUUUCUGAAAAUAAUUGUAAAAGAGCAUUUGUUCAGAAUCCUUUAAAAUUUUUCUUUAAUUAGGCAAAUGUGAGAAAUAACUUUUUGUUUGUUAUACAAUAAAAUCCUUUAUAUUUGG